UCUUGCACACUGCACUGUUGUUGACUGUCGACUUCCGCUAAACUGCGGAUCUUAUAUUUUUAGGAGUGGCUUUUUGGCAGAUUUAAUCGAUCACCGAUGACAAAAACGAAGGAAAUGUCGCUUUUGAAGUCCGCGUGUGUGCGAUGCAACACUGUAUUUAGAGAAGAUCAGCGGAUCGUCAACUCAAGUGGUGAAUUGUGGUGUGAACAGUGUUUUGUCUGUGCCCAGUGUUUUAGGCCUUUCCCAGAUGGGGUUUUCUUUGAGUUUGACGGCAGGAAAUAUUGCGAGCACGAUUUCAACGUCCUGUUUGCUCCCUGUUGCGGAAAAUGCAACGAGUUUGUGAUAGGCCGUGUGAUCAAGGCUUUGAACAAUAGCUGGCAUCCCCAGUGCUUUCUCUGUCAGCUAUGUAACUGUGAGCUUGCUGAUACUGGAUUUAUGAAGAAUCGUGGAAGGGCCUUAUGUCACCCUUGUCACCUGAAGGAGAAAGCAGCAAGCACCGGCAAGUACAUCUGCUACCGAUGUCAUGGUGUCAUCGAGGAAGAUAUGCUGAUCAAGUAUAAGAAGGAACCUCACCAUGCCUAUCACUUCAACUGUACUCGUUGCAGUGAGGAGUUGAAUGGCACAGCGAGGGAGCUUCGGGGAGAACUCUACUGCUUGCCUUGCCAUGACAAGAUGGGUAUCCCGAUAUGCCAAGCCUGCCAUCGACCCAUCGAUGAGAGAAUUGUCACUGCCCUCGGUAAACAUUGGCACGUUGAGCACUUUGUGUGUGCUCGAUGUGAGAAGCCCUUCCUUGGACACAAGCAUUAUGAGAAGAACGGCAAAGCCUACUGUGAGACACAUUACAAUCAGCUCUUUGGAAAUAUUUGCUUCUACUGCAACAAGGCAAUCACAUCAGAGAUGAUGUGUACGAUGAGCAAGACUUGGUGUGAUGAGCAUUUCUUCUGCAUGGGCUGUGAUACUCUUCUAACCACCAAGAGCAAGUUCAUUGAGUUUGAUCUGAAGCCCGUCUGCAAGCGAUGUUACGACCGCUUCCCCAACGAACUCAAGAGGAGACUGAAAAAGACCGAAAUGGCCGGCAAAAAGUUCGGCAAAAACGAGAAGUGAGAGGAAGCCCCACAUUUAGAGUACCUAGAUAUUUCUCAUCUUGUAUAUUUCAUUGGGAUCACCUUCCUAGAUAAUCACCUUAUCUUUCUAAUGUAAAUCUCCAAA